CAAUCAGAGGACUGCGGGUACAGCGGGGCAGGGGCUUUCAAAAUAAGAGUGUACAACUGGUGGCCUACAUGCACUGCACUAUCGUGAACAUAACACAUAAUAAGUGAGUCAGUACCAGUACCGUCUUUAGAAAUCGUAAUUUACAAGUCCAGUUUCCUAUGAUACAGCGCCUAGGUGAAGGUGAAGGGGAGCUGCAACCAGCGGUCAGUUACAUCGUUUUAUUUUGAAAUUCCUGACCGGAUCUCUGUAUCUCACUCCGCCCAGCUCGACACCUGGUGGCUCCGCUGCUGCACCGGCUUCUCUCUUGUCCUUCCUUCGCUGCGUCAGUGUAUUUGUUGUUUUCUAUAAAUUACAUGUUUUCUGCCUGUCCCUGUGACGUCAGCAGCGCACACCGACUCUCCGUAGGGUUUCUCCCGGUAGAAAAAAGCGGAGAUGCGCUCUGUGGACUCGCUUCAUUGAUGGUCGUGAGCUUCCAUCUAAGGCCCAUUUCUGUGAUUACCGGGGCUAGUUCCUCCGAUCAAGAUGGUCCGGUGAAAUACAGUGUCGGGAAACCGGACGGUUUUUACAGCGAUUAGGUCAGGACUGUCUCUCGGAAGAUGAAGAUUUGGAGCACGGAACAUGUUUUCAGUUACCCGUGGGAGACGGUGAUCAAGGCUGCCAUGAGGAAGUACCCCAACCCCAUGAACCCAAACGUGGUUGGGGUGGACGUGCUGGACCGCAAUCUGGAUGAAGAGGGACGCCUGCACAGCCACAGACUCCUCAGCACAGAGUGGGGCCUCCCAAGCAUUGUGCGAGCGAUACUGGGAACCAGUUCAACACAGACGUAUGUGAAGGAACAUUCCAUAGUCGACCCAGACGAGAAAAAGAUGGAGCUGUGCUCAACAAACAUCACUCUCACCAACCUGAUCUCGGUAGACGAGAGGCUUCUUUACAGACCGCACCCCGACAACCCUGAGGUCACCGUCCUCACCCAGGAGGCCAUCAUCACAGUCAAGGGAGUGAGUCUAAGUAGUUACCUGGAGGGGAUGAUGGCGAGGAGGAUGUCAGCUAAUGCCAGGAAGCUCCACAGUGACGACGACUCGCCCUGGCUACACCUCAUGAACCACCUGGGAUUCUCAGCACCUCGAGAUCCUCUGCAGUUGGUACUUACACCGUCUGGGAGGUCUUGUCGGGUUCCCACCCCACACCGCCUCUCUCACCUCUGGAGUAAACGCACUGGAAGCUCAGACGGACGGUGAAAACGCUGCCAAAGCUGAGCAAUCGUCAAAAAGUGUUAGAAGCUGGAUUUAAGGGGUUGUGGGUCCGCGUCUGGUAGACGUGGCUCAAUGCUAAGUCGGUACUCAAUAACCUAUUAACAACAGUUUUAAUGAAGGCGAGAGUGGAGAGCAGAUCAGUUUCCUCCUGCUGUCAAGGGAGUCGCAUCAAUAUCGUGAACCCACCAGGCUACGCCGGUUUGAAUAUUACUCUUCCACAAUUCCUUUGCUUUCAUAUCAUAUCUUAGCAGAAGAGCUGCAGGCGAGGUUUACGCACACAGUUUGUAAAAAAAACGACAUAUGGUACACUGACAAUAUGCAACAAACUUUGUUACUUUUAUUUGAACUGUCUCCUGUCAUGUCAAACACUGGCGACUCCUAUAGCAGGAGUACAUGUCAACAAGUUGUUACUGGUGCUUAUUAUUCGUCAAGACGCACAAACUGUAGGUGGGGGGGGGGGUUAUUCAAGAAAAGAGCUACAAAACCACUAAUGCAGCUUUUGAUAGAAAUUAGAAGAAAUAUUGUUUAUCUAUGAAAAGAAAGAUGGGAAUGUACCACUGACAUUGCCUUCUUCUUCUGCUGUCACAGCGACAAAACCCUGGCACCAUUUUGACAUCAAAUCAAUGUGCAGUGUUGUCUUUAACUGGCUGAUUCGUAAUUGGCUUACAGAGGAGGUCGAGGAUGACAUGUUAAGUGAAUAAAAUGGGCGGAUUCACCCUUUUAUACAGACUUAGAACGGUGCCUGUGUGUCAGAGUUUUGACAGCAGUAAAACACUUCCAUGCCUUUGACAGUCUGACACUUCAUGCUUCCCAAAUGUUGAACUGUAUCCUCCAUGAAAGCUACCUAUACACCCUGAGCAGCAGGGCAGUACUGUACGUGCAAUGCUUCAGUGGGAGUUGCACACAUUUACAAUUACGACUUAUGUGCUAAGUCAUAUUUCUUGGUGAAAUGUUUUAAUAUUUGAAUAAUAUUUGUAAAGAAUAUUAUUUAUUAUAAAACAUGGUGUAACCAGCAGUCAUUUAUUAGAAUUGUUUAUAUUGUCUGAGUGUCAUGAAAAAAAAAGGAGUUGCAUUUGCUUUAUUGAUUUUAACUUCAACUACUGAAACAAUUAAAACAAUUGUUGGAGAGAACAACGUUUGGUUACUGGUUUUGUUGCUGAUAGAGUUCAUUGCUUGAAAGGCCCGGCAUUAUUACACUGCUGAUGAAAUAAUGCCCUGGAGUUCAGUGGCACUGGAGAGAUGGAUUUGAAGCAGGGUUCCUACACCUUUACUGCUGUCAAAUUCAAGCACUUUCACUCUCUUUUUUUUACUUAAAGAUUUAUCAACUGUACCUGAAUAUCAAACAAGUAAAAGUAAAAUUCUACAUAUGUUUACCUGUAUAUACUGUGUAUUAUAGGCCAAUUGGUUAUCGGCCUGGUUGAUUAUUGGAUCGAUCAUUUCAAAAUAUGUUGCUCUGGCUCUGAUGAAGCAUGUAAUCCUUAAAGCAUCUAACUAGGUAUCAAAUAAAUACUAGUAAAGCACAGUGUAUGACCCCAAUGUGUAGUGGAAUGGAAGCAAAAGUAGCAGAAAAUGGAUGGUAUCAACAUGGCACUUGAGUAAAUGUACUUCCCAUCAC